AAUUUUCCCUCAAACCCAUCUUUCUUUCCUUCCAUUUGCUAGCUCGUCAAUAUUACCACGCCAGUCGAUCGCCACCAAUCACCAUACUCUACUCUACUCCUUUUCUCUUCACUCCAUUCUUUUAUUCUUCAUCUUUCUCUCUCUUCACUACUCAAAUUCUCUCACUAAUUAUCAUUCAUUUUCAACACUAAUUUCUUUAUUCUCUCUAAUUCAGCUCUAAUUAUUCACCUUCAUGAUCAUUUAUUCUUCAAAAAUUAAUUAAUUAUUUUCAUAUUAUGAUUGAUUGUUGCAUGCGAAGAUGAAUUUGAGCCUAACUGCUCGAUUUUAGAAAACAGAGGAAGAAAUAGAGAGAAAUCAUGAACGGUAAUUUAGUGAAAAAACCGAAUGGAUCGGGACAUUUUCGUCAAUUAAUCGAUAUGAUUUGGCGGCCAUUGAUGCAUUCUCCAGCUAGAUCUUCCAUUUUUGUCUUCUUUUUUCUAUCUCUUAUUCUUGGUGUCGUUCUUUCUUCUCGCUUUCUUGAUUACUCUCCUAUUUUUUCCACGCAACAAAAGAUUGCAGCUGUCGCUGCUAGUAGUCCGAUCACAGACACUCCCACAAAGGCUCACAAAAAAAUUGAAAUCCCACUCAUUUGUUCUGAUAUUAAUGUCACACAAACCUGCCCAGUAGAUUAUCCUCAGAAAGUAGAACUAGAUCCUGAUGUUUCGCCUCCUUCCACGUGCCCUGAAUACUUUCGCUGGAUAUACGAAGAUUUACAGCCUUGGAAGCAGACCGGUAUCACAAGAGAGAUGGUUGAGUCAGCUAAAAGAACAGCCAAUUUCAGAUUGGUGAUAUCUAAUGGAAAAGCUUAUGUGGAGAGAUACAAAAAGUCAUGGCAAACCAGAGAUGUUUUCACCCUCUGGGGAUUUUUACAGUUGCUAAGGAAGUACCCUGGCCGAGUGCCUGAUUUAGAGCUCAUGUUUGACUGUGUUGACUGGCCGGUAAUAUCUAAGCGAUUUUCUUGGCCCAAUAAUACAGCUCCUCCUCUAUUUCGUUAUUGUGGAGAUGAUAAAACAUUGGAUAUUGUAUUCCCUGACUGGUCGUUUUGGGGAUGGUCUGAAAUCAAUAUCAAACCAUGGGAGUUUCUGUCCAAGAAACUUAAAGAAGGAAACCAGAGGCUGAAAUUUGCGGAUAGAGAGCCUUAUGCUUACUGGAAAGGAAAUCCUUUUGUUGCAUCGCACAGGAUGGAUCUUAUCAAAUGUAAUGUCUCCGAUAAGGAAGACUGGCAUGCUCGAGUCUAUAUACAGGAUUGGGCUAAGGAAUCAAAACAAGGAUUUAAGCAGUCAGACUUAGCGAGCCAAUGCAUACACAAAUAUAAGAUCUACAUAGAAGGAUCAGCAUGGUCAGUCAGCGAGAAGUACAUCCUUGCUUGUGAUUCUGUUGCGUUGAUAGUACAGCCGCUGUAUUAUGACUUCUUUUCAAGAAGUUUGAUGCCUACAGAACACUAUUGGCCCAUCAAGGCGAAUGAUAAGUGUAGGUCUAUCAAGUUUGCUGUUGAAUGGGGAGAUAGUCACGCACAAAAGGCUCAGGAAAUGGCAAAAGCUGCGAGUAAUUUUAUCCUAGAAGAUGUGAAGAUGGACUAUGUAUAUGAUUACAUGUUACAUCUGCUAACAGAAUACGCCAAGCUCUUGAAGUACAAGCCUACGAUACCCAAAGAUGCCAUUGAGCUUUGUUCGGAGACUAUGGCGUGCCCCGCACUGGGUUUAGAGAAGAAGUUUAUGAUGGAUUCUUUGGUGAAGGGUCCUUCAAACACAGCUCCUUGCACCAUGCCGCCGCCUUAUGAUCAGGCUACACUUCAAGCCUUGUUGAAAAGGAAAACCAGUGCAGUAAAACAAGUGGAGAAAUGGGAAAGAGAUUAUUGGCUUAAUCAAACUAAGCAGCAAUAGAUAGGUGUUCUUUAGAUAAUGCUUUAAAUAGGUAGAAUAUAUAGAAAUAUAGUAGUAAAUAGGAUAUAAAAAUUGUGUUUCUUGGUAGACCAAAUGUUAUGAUGUUCAAUUUUUGUGAAAUUUUGAUGAAAGGAUAGAAAAAAAAUGUGGGAACAAGAGGUGUUACUUUUGAGUUGUUUAUUUACAUGGCACUAGAAUAGAUGUAUGAUACUGAUAAGGGAUGCAAAAACACUAUUUAUUGAUUUGUAUUUAUUGGGAUCAAAAAAUGAUAAAUCAGAUUAUAAAUAAAGUAAUGAAUGCAAA